CGGGCCAUUUUUCAACUCCAGUGGCAACGCUUGCUGUAACAGCUGGUAACUGCGUAUAUCUGAUGUUUUGAUAUAAAAGGGCUAGGAAAUGAUCAAUGGAUCAAGUAAAGUUGUUAGUUGUGCAAUUUGCACGUCAAGCGAUCGGCGCCACAACACGGAGAGUAAAACACCCACUGAAAUUGAUACUCCGAAACCGCAACCACAAAUCCAUAGACUGUGCGAUAAAUAAUAUGUUAACCCAUCUGCCUUUAUUUGUGAGCGGUGAAGUGACGCCGGGCUUUAAACGUGGAUCCAAGGAGCUGGGCAUUCCCACAGCUAACUUUCCUUUGGAGGUCGUCAGAUCGCUGCCUGAAUCUUUUAUUACUGGUGCCUACUAUGGCUGGGCUAAUAUAAACAAUGGCGAGGUGCACAAAAUGGUAAUGAGCGUGGGCUGGAAUCCGUUCUACAAUAACAAGGAGAAGAGUGUUGAAACCCACAUACUUCACAACUACAAUUGUGAUUUAUAUGGCAAUACAUUAAAAAUCUGCAUUGUGGGCUUCUUACGACCUGAGCGCAACUUCGAUUCCUUGGAGGCAUUAAUUACGGCAAUAAAAGCUGAUAUUGAAGAGGCUAAACUUAAAUUGGACAGUGCUGAGAAUCUAAAGCUGAGAGAUGAUCCCUUCUUUACGAGCGACGUAAAAAGCUGUGAAUAGUUGUUUUUUUUUUAAUGAUUUUUAAGUGGCUUAUAUCUUAUCGAAUAUGCUGAAAGAUGCACGUACAUGACUAGGCACUUGUACUUAGACACUCGAAUUAAACACCGUUAAU